GUCCAUCUAUAUACGUUCAAAUAAUGUAACACGUUAGAAGAAACUUACUUGUACGUGCGACUUUACCGGCAAGAAUUUCCUUUGGAUAUAUGUUAUUAAAUACUGAUUUGUAUAUAAUAAAUAACGUGCAAUAAUGGCUUUAAGAAUAUCAGAGAAUGGUAUACCAGAAAAUGCUGUUAUUUUAAGUAGAAGCGAGGCUAUUAAAUACCAAUGGAAACAAAUUCAAAAUUGGAAACCACAAAAAGACGUUUGGCCAUUUUCAUAUGGAGUAGCUUUUCUUGGAGGUGUUGCAGCAUUAUCAGGUGUAUAUAUUAACAUGAGGAUUAGAAAAUCAUUGAAAUUGCGUAAUUUUGGUACUGCUGCUUCUGCUGUAACUAUGUCAAUAUGUCCAGGGUCACUUGUAAUUGUUGCUCAGCUACAGAUGGUUACAGAAAAAACUUUUUUGCCACUUCCAACCUGUCCAUUAUGCGUUGAAAUGAGAUCAAUAGUCGUUCAGAAUUGUGGUGCCAUUAUAUAUCCCUUGAUUUUAUCACCGAUAGUAAACUUUCUGAUUGCUAAGCGUGAUGGAAGAUUUAGAAUGCCAUAUUAUACAAACUGGAAAGAAAUAAUAUACUUUUGUAUGAACUUAUUUAAACCUAUUGCCCCGUCAUUACUAACCAUAGCUGCUAUAAAUGCUUUAGCUGCGUCUAUCAUUGUAUAUAAACAAUUUAAGUGUAUAUCUUAUAUACAGAAAACAUUAUCUGUAGAAAAUGAAAAUGAUGAUUUUGAAUAAGAUUUCUAAAAAUUCAUUAUUGUUAGUCUUAUAAAUUAUUGAAUAAAUUAUAUUAAAUCGUA